UGGCAUUAAAUGGAGCUCCACCAUUAAGCAUUAUCGGAUAAGAUCAGCCACACAAUACACUGCCGAACACCCUCUACGUGGCACAUUUAAACGGUGGUGGAUCUGUGGGCCCCACUCCUUUUGACUUUCAGAAAAAGACCACCUCCUUUUUCCCGCUUAUAUAUACACAACCGCAGACUCCCAUUUUUUCGGAGAAAUAAUAAUAAAAAAAUAAAACAAAAACAAAAAUAAAAAUAAAAAUAGUACUCCUCUCCUUCUUAAUUUAUUAUUGUUACUAAUUUCUUUAUCGUCAUCAGCAAAAUGGGUAUCCGAGAACCCGACCCGCUUUCGCAACUGAGUUUGCCGCCCGGUUUCCGGUUCUACCCGACCGACGAAGAGCUAAUGGUGAAGUACCUCUGCAGAAAAAUCGCCGGCCACCAUUUUCCCUUACAAGUCAUCGGCGACGUCGAUUUGUACAAAUUCGACGCUUGGGAUCUUCCAAGCAAGGCUUUGUUUGGGGAAAAAGAAUGGUACUUCAGCCCUAGAGACAGAAAAUACCCAAACGGAUCAAGGCCAAACAGAGUCGCCGGCUCCGGCUACUGGAAAGCCACCGGCACCGACAAAAUCAUUUCGACGGAGGGAAGAAAAGUCGGAAUUAAAAAAGCCCUAGUUUUCUACAUCGGAAAAGCUCCUAAAGGAACCAAAACCAACUGGAUUAUGCACGAAUACAGACUCUCUGAACCUCCCAGAAAAAAUGGAAGCACCAGAUUGGAUGAUUGGGUGUUGUGCCGAAUCUACGAGAAGAAUUCGACCGGAUCGAAGGCGGCGGUUUCCGGUGUUCGGAGCAGCGAGUUCAGCCACGAUUCGCCGUCGUCUUCUUCAUCCCAAUACGAUGACGUUCUGGAUUCACUGCCGGAGUUCGACGACCGCCGUUACUUUUCCGCGACGGGAAUGGAAUAUUCCGUCAACAGCUGUCAGCAGGAAAAGGAUGACAAGGCGGUGAAUCUUCUUCAGCAUAUGGGUUCGGGUAAUUUUGAUUGGGCCACGCUGGCCGGGCUUAACCCACCGGUUCGGGCGGCCCAAUACGGUUCGCGAAAUGACAUGUUUGCCCCUGCUUCUAACAACUCGGGUUAUAUCUUCCCACAGAACCCGGUCGAGUUCGCUCAGGGCUUUUCCGAAUCGGUGGACCCGUUUAGCGCCCAAUACCCGGCGGCUCAGCCUGGCGGGUUCGGGUUUAAGCAGUGAAAUAGUUAAUAGUGAAUCUUUCAGGGGUCGGUUUAUAAUAGUUGGGAAUAUUGGUUUGGGGCUAUUGUGUAAAUACGCAUAAUUCUUUGGUGCCAACUGUUUUGAGUUUUAGCUAGAUUUGAGGAGAGCUCCAAGGCAAUAAUAAAGUAAUAAUGUCAUUGAUAUUUUACUAGCCAUAGAUAUAGCAAUUUUGUAAAUUUUAUUCUUUUAAUUGAUUUACAAUAAUGUUUAUAAAAGCUUUUGAAAUUAGUC